UUUUGACGUGUGUCAAUUCAGUUUACCCGUUUACGGAAUAGACAGCUCCUGACUGAGAUAGCACCUCCCAUGUAUGAAUGAUAUAGUUUAUUGUAACAAUUUUAAACUAGUUAUUUAUUAAUAAUAAAAAUGAUACUUUUAGAAAUAAAUAACAGGGUAGUCGAAGAAACGUUAACAGUUAAAAUUAAAAACGCACAGGCCGGGUUAAAAAACGAAAGCAUCGAUGUAACCGUAGCAGAUUUCGAUGGAGUUUUAUACCAUAUAUCAAAUCUUAACGGGGACAAAUCUAAAAUUAGAACAAGUAUAUCUCUGAAAUUCUACAAACAACUCCAAGAACACGGGGCCGACGAACUGUUGAAACGUGAAUAUGGCUCAUAUUUGAUAUCCCCAGAGACGGGUUUCAACGUUUCGGUGCUCUUAGAUUUAGAUAACAUACCUGAGAAUUGGCAGGAGCUUGUUAAGAAGCUGGGAUUGUUGAAAAGGAAUUGCUUCGCUUCUGUUUUUGAGAAAUAUUUCGAUUUUCAAGAAAAAGGCGAUGAAGGACAGAAGAGAGCUGUGAUUUCUUACAGAGAUGACGAAACACUUUAUGUAGAAGCAAAAUCUGAUAGAGUUACUGUAGUUUUUUCGACGCGAUUUCGUGACGAGGACGACGUCGUAAUCGGAAAAGUAUUUAUGCAGGAACUUAAAGAAGGUUUAAGAGCGUCCCACACUGCCCCUCCCGUCCUAUUUAGCCAUAGGGAACCGCCGCUUGAACUACAAAACACGGAUGCUAAGGUCGAUAAUAACGUCGGUUACGUGACAUUUGUCUUAUUUCCAAGACACACCGCCAGAAAUACUCGUGAUAAUACCAUAAAUUUAAUCCACAUGUUCAGACAUUAUUUGCACUAUCAUAUCAAGUGUUCAAAGGCGUACAUUCAUAGUAGGAUGCGCGCAAAGACUUCGGAUUUCCUCAAAGUGUUGAAUAGGGCGAGGCCAGAAAAUAAGAGCACAGAUAAAAAGACCAUUAGUGGAAGAACGUUUAUAAGAAGAGAUUAACGUGUAUGGACAUAGUGAAACAAACUGCCGGUGGUCUGUCUGAAUUCGGACCUAGAAUGUUUUAAAAUGAAACUGUUUCAUUCUAAUCGUUUAUUAUUUUUGUAAAAAUCCCAUCGCCUUUUUUUAAAUUUUUAUUAUUAUUUUCUAAGUACCUUUUCUAUUUAUUGUAUUCCUUUAAUUUUUCUAAUACCUGCCUAUCUGCUUUCAGUAUUUGUAUAGAUAAAUAAUUAAUUUUAUUAUUGGAAUUGAACAGUUCGGUUUUAAAAUCUUUAAAAAUAUUAAAAAAAAUUUAAAUUUAGUCAUAACUCUUUAAAUAAAUAUGAAAUAUUGAAGCUGGAAAUUCAAGUGGAUUUCCAAUUAUUUUCUUUAUAAUUUUAACACAAAUAGUAAUUGAAACGGUUUUUCCUUUAUUUAGAGGAAAAUUAAAUUAGUUUUCGUGGAUAGAGGUUUCGUCUAGCAUCUUCAGAUGUCCAUUGAGGCGAUAGGACUCCUGUUAGUAGCAGAUCUUCUCUGGUUAUAGUGCCCCAGGAGAGUCUUCGCCUAUCUCAGCCUUUGUAGGUAGCCUCAAUGAGUUUUGCCCUACAUUCUUUUCGAAUACUUUUUCUAUUGUUCUGUAGCUGAUACCACGGAAAGGUUCAUAUAUGAAUUUUCAAACAUAUUUCAUCUACAUAAUGAGUCACGACAAGAGAUUUAUUCAUUUUCCAAUAAAAAUAUUCAUCUUCACACGUAUUUUCGAUUAAAUCAAAGUGUCUUACGCCGUUUUAUUGGUCGACUCUGCUAGAACAAGCUUCAACUGAUGUCGAUUUAACAAUAAAUGUUUGUGUUAUUAUUGUAAAGAGAAAAACGAGUAUAUAUUGUAUAUAGAAAAAUCUGAACUGUGCUUCCUCGAAAAACUGUGGAUGAGCACUCGUUUACAAAAAAAAUUAAAAAAUAACUUGUAUAUUUAAUAAUAGUAAUCACGAAGAAGAAAAUUUUAACCGCAGAGUGCAUCGUUUAGUAACACUAAAAGUCGAAAAAAAAUGGGAUUUAAUCUUAUUUUAUGGUUGUUGGUGCACCCUGUAUCUGAUGCUUUUACUUUUCAUUUUUCUGCCUGUAAUGUCAAUUUGUAGAAGUACUAUGGGACUAAAUUAAAAUUCAAAAUUUUUAUUUUUUGUUUUCUUAUUUUUUUUUGAAAAAAACUUUGUUAUAAAUCUUCUUUUGUAUAAAUAUUAUUUAACAAUUAAACAGUAAAAGUUGUUCCGCAAUUUAGAUAAUAAAAUGUUAUUUUAAUGUAAUAA